GAAGAUUCCGAAACAAUUGUCCUUUCUGGACGUAAUUGCGAACAUGGCUUCAAAUGGAUUUGGUAAGCUUUCUCUUGACGCAAGCAUUUACAUGAAACAGGACACAUGACAAUUAAAUCUGUACAAACGUUUUCUUGUAUAGCAUCAUUUUUUCAAAUAAAGACUGUGUUUUUUCACCUUAUCUCACCAUCGCUGUUGCUCAUGACUGGCGUUCGAGUACUUAGUCUUGGAUAUAUUCUGGGGCAAGCAAGCAGAAAGGUAGGAUGAUUUUAAAAGUUCCUAAGGCUGGAAACUCUAGUGGGAAAGGUCUGGGCGCAUAAAAGACCUUAAAUAACUUUUUAAAAUCAAAAGUAAUGUACGCUUGCGGACAAUUUUCCGCAAACCGACAAAAUGUUACUGGUUUUUCAUAGAUAACAUUUCUAGCACAUUGCCCUAUUUAAAACCGUCUGCUAAAUAAGACGGCCAAAACAGUUAUGGCCGGUAACAUGUUUCCAACUUGAGCUCACGGCACGAUUUUGACACAAUUUUUAACAAGCAAAUGUUUCAAAUGAAAAAGCUUUGCGCCCCGAGGCACUACCAAUCUUCUGAUGUCAAAUUUUUCGUGGAAUUUAGUUCCAAGAACGAUCAAACGAUGGCGACAACGAAGAGGAGGAUUCGGACGCCGAAAACGAUUCUGAGAAUUUUGACACCAACAACGUGUUCUUUUCGCGUGUCAUUGUCAUAUUCGUUUUCACGGAACUUUUGUUACGUGCCAUGUACACUGCCACGUCAGCGAGCGCCGCGUUAUCGUAUCCUAGCAACGACGCAUUUGAUUCUCUCCAGGAGUUCGAAGCGUGGUGGAAGGAGACGGAUGUCGCCAAGAGUUUCUUGGAUUUUAGAAUUUGGCGGAUUGCUCAGCUUUGUUUACUUGUUGUUGUUUAUGUUUAUAAACUUUUGUUUCGAGAUGACGAUGAGGAUGAUAGUUGGUAAACGAAGUUGGAGUAUACGUUUAUGCUCUGUCAGUUGGGCUACUAAAAUUCAAUCGCUGGCUGAGGUGAAUUCCAGUAUUUAAGACGUGUUCCUAAGGGAGCACAACCACUGCCCUCAAAGGCAGUAGGAACUUAUGAGAGUCUACACACUUAAAUAUCUCACAACUUGUCAACAAGAUGUGUUCGCAACAGCAUUGUAGUAAGCUGGUCAACAACUUGUAACAAUGCUGUUAUUUAUGCUUCAAAGUAAUUGUCACUCUCAACUUGUUGACAAAUGGACGACUUGCGCUUUAGACUAAAUUUUAAUCUAAGUAAGAACAACGAAAAGCGUACAAAGUUUGGUUUCGAAAUGUUGUAAAAUACGGAAAAUAUAGCCCUUCAAAGUUGGCGAAUUUGUAUACUUUUGUAUUACGUGCGUGAAUUGGUAUAUCACAUACUCGAACCGACCAGACCGCGUAGCUCAGUUGGCAGAGCAUUGGGCUAGUAUUCCAAAGGUCGUAGGUUCGAUUCCCACCGUGGUCAGGCAUAUUUUUCAAGCUUGCCCGGUGUGGAUAUACACUCAGAGUAACAUCACAGGCAUAAUGGUAACUAAAUUAGUUACCAAUUUCCGCACGUAAUAGAAAUGUAUACAAAUUUGCCAACUUCGCAGGGCUAUAUUUUCCGUAUUUUACAACAUUUCGCAACCAAACUUUGCAGUUUUUCUAAUUUUGAUAACUUCUUUCCAAAAGUAUCCUUUGUUAUUCCAAGAUUAAAAUUUGUUCUAAAGCGCAAGUCGUCCAUUGUUGAAUUACAGGACGAUAACAAGUUGUUGGAACAAACUUGGCAACAAGUCUGUUGAGCUCAACAACCUUGUAGCAAGUUGUCAACAACAGGUCAUGUUAUGCAAAUUUUUAAUAAUUUGCAUCGUUCAAACUUUCAGAAAUGUAUUCAGUCUUUAAUCUAUUUAGAUGCAAGUUUAUCAGCAUAGCAUGACCAGUUGCCAUGGCUAGCUUCCCCAUUGAUUAAUUAAGCUAAAUACACACUAAUUAAUUGCUACAACCACAAGUAAUAUAUGUACAUCAACUCGUAUGAAAAACCUGACAUUAUAGGAUCAAGUACUAAUUUUGAUGAUAGUUAAUUUUGACAUUAAUCAGCGUAAAAAGUUUCAUUAUAGGCUAGAAUAGUUAAAACUUUA